UUAUUUCACUUAAUAGCAUUAAAAGUUUAAAUUUGAUGUACAAUGCAAUCAAACUACUUAGUGUGUAUUAUUUAUUGAUAAAUAAUUAAAUCGUAAGAGCAGAGCAACAAUCUUAUCCAAGUCCAACUGUCCUAAAUGAAAUCAAUUUAAUUAAAAAGCUAAAAGCUAAUAAGUAAUUGUCUCAUCUAUUUAUUUGAGAGAGUAGUUCUCUUCUCACAUCUGUUAGUUUUGUUUAUUUAGGUACUAACAGCGACUACGACAUGACUCCUUUCAAAAUAUUAUGAUUUGUUUCAAAUUAAGUAUCCGGUGAAGAAUUUUUAACUUUAUAUUAUUAUUGUCAUGUUUCACUCAAUAUCUUUUUUAUUCACAAUAACUAUUUACUCAAAAUACUUACUUUAUUCCUACAGUAGCAGUAAAGAAUAUCAGCAAACUACAAAAGUUACACCCGUUUCGCUACUGUUUCAUUGGCUACAAAGCAAACCGGCCUAACUAAACUAACUAUGACAAUAAAGAUAAGACUCCAUUAUUAUCAUGGAAGAGCCAUGAGUUUAAUAGGAAUACAAAAACUAUUCAGGACAAUAUCCCAACGGUAGAAUUAGAAAUAAAUCUUAAAUAACCAAUGAUAUAAGAAUUAUCGCUUACUUAACACGUCUAUCAGUAUUUCACCAGACCUGUUUUUAAUUUGUAUUUGUUGUAUUUGUACGACCUAAAUUGGAAGUAUCAAUGUGAGGAUUUAUUAAACGGUUUUAACAUAAAAUGCGUAACGCAUCAAGUACUUUAUAAAGAAUAUAUACAAUAAGAACAUGUCCACACUGAUUUCGUUUUUUUAAAUGUCAUGUGAUAUUGUUCUAUAAUAAAAUUAUUAAUUAACAUUAAAGUAAACUUUUUAUAAUCAAACAAGUUUCAAAUGUACUUUAAAGUGUUUGUUGGAGUUCACUUAAAUCAUUUAAUGCUUCAAGAUCAGCCACAUAUAAUUUCAACACCUGUUCAAUAAAACUAUCCACAUGCUUAUAAAGUUUUCAUAUAUUAUUAACUCUGUUUAACUUACAGUUCUGGUACAAAUCACUCCGCCACUAAACUAGUGUAGUAAAUUACAUUGAGUGUGUCUUGUCAAGGAAUUAAACAAAACAAACUUUAUGAUAACAAUUUAUAAGACUCAAAUUAUAUUAGAUUGAUUUUAAUCUAGUAAUAAUUUUAUAUCAAGCAACAGCCACGUCAAGGGACUCGUGUUUUUUUAUACUUAAAUAAAUAAAACAAUUUUAAAUAUGUGAAUCUUAUAACCAAUACUGCUUGUAUAGCGCGAUGGUAGAUAUAUGGCAUUGAAAUUGUGUUCGUCUUAUAGUAGCUAGCGUUUUAAAUAUCAAAGUCGACUUGUAAAUAUUGCCCGCAUUGUACAACGGCUGAAGCCAUUAUUAAUACUGAAACAACUCUAGAUUCUCCAUCUCAAUUAUAGGUGUGAUAUUUUUCUUAAAUUACUUUUUCUUAAUUUUUUUUUCAACCUUAUUUUUAGUUUUCAAUUUAAGUUUUUAUGACUAAAUUGAAUUUUAUGCUCCUGAUAUUGUGGGAUUUCCUUACGAUUUCUACAAUUUUUUUUAUGGUUCAAUGACGACGAAAAUGACGGUGGUUUUCAUUUACGUAAAACGAAAAUUAUAAUUCAAUAGAAAUCAAUAAAAUUAUUAAUAAUAAUUUAUGCUCUAUUAUGCUCUAAACUAGUUUUAUAAAAAAUUUUACCCAGACCAGAACCACAACGAGCGAGGUAUUUAAACAUGUGAAUUACAUUCAAAACGAAAAUGAAAAACUUAGCUCGUGAGGAAAUUGAGGUGAACCCAAAACUACAUUUGUUGAGGCUUCUUAUACGGCAGUGUUACCGUCAAAAUAUUACUCAUAGCUGGAUCAAGGAAGACGGAGUAGCUGAAGGAAAAACUGAAGGGGAUCUCGUAUGUCCAAGAACAUUUGACGGCUUUCUGUGCUGGGAUGAGACUCCCGCAGGGGCUACAGCAUUCCAGUCUUGUCCCGGAUUCGUCAUUGGCUUUGAUCCAAAACGCUACGCCUAUAAAAAAUGCAUGGAAAAUGGCGUGUGGUUCUUGCAUCCAGAAGGCAACAGGCCAUGGACUAAUUAUACAACAUGUGUUGAUAUAGACGAUCUCAAUUUCCGAAGCACGGUUAAUGAAAUUUACGUGGGCGGCUAUUCUAUAUCUGUCGCCGCUCUCAUACUGUCACUGUUUAUAUUCUUCUAUUUCAAAUCACUUCAUUGCACGAGGAUCCGCGUCCAUAUGAACUUAUUUACCGCCUUUGCUCUGAAUAAUAUACUUUGGAUUGUGUGGUAUCGAGUUGUUGUCAAUAAUGCAACAGUUGUUCAGGAGAAUAAGAUUUGGUGCCAAUUGCUCCAUAUCGUCACAACAUAUUUUAUGGUAACUGGUUACACCUGGAUGUUCUGCGAAGGUCUACAUCUACAUAUCGCUCUGGUUGUGGUAUUCGUGAAGGAAAAGGUGGCUAUGCGUUGUUUCCUCGCGAUCGGUUGGGGACUGUCACUGGUCAUCAUUAUCGUUUAUGCUGUUGUAAGAUACCAUAUACCCGGAGCAACCGAGCGUUGUUGGAUGGAACAAAGUGAAGCCUUCUGGAUUAUAACUGUACCCGUGGUAAUUUCCCUCAUAGCUUCAUUCGUAUUCCUGAUCAAUGUCGUACGCGUUCUUCUUACCAAGUUGCAUCCCGCCCCGCAUAGAUAUUCGUCUGUGGCUACAAAGAAAGCAGCAAGGGCAGCGCUGAUUUUGAUUCCGCUAUUUGGACUGCACUUCGUUCUGAUACCAUUCCGACCGUCGCCUGACAUGCCCGGCGAGAAACUGUAUCAAGUUGUAUCUGCCCUACUGACAAGCUUACAGGGAGUGUGCGUCGCUAUUUUAUUCUGUUUCACCAACCACGACGUAGUCGCCGCCGCAAAGACGUACAUUUCGAGAUAUAUACAACAUAAUGACGUCAUACCCAUGACGGGACUAGCGCCUCGUGAUGGCACAGCCCAGGUAUAGAUCGAUAAAGGUGUAACCGGGGGGGAAAGUAUUAUGAAUACAAGAGAAAAUAUUGUAUGAGACAACCCUAGGGGUUCUCGCAACCCCUGCUUGAUAACGGGAAGCUGAUUUAUAGAAUAAGAUUUCUAGUAUAUAUAAAUAGUAACUGUGACUUUAACAUAACCUUCGUAUACCAGUUUCUAUAUGUGUGUAUUGUUUCAUACUCAUUAACUUAAAAGGGUGGCAAACUGUAUAAGAUUACUGCUUUUUUAUAAGUAAAGCAACCGCUACCUUUAAGUUUACUUAUAUUUAAACUUGCUAUCAAUAAUGAAAUGUAUACUCGGUGGAUAAAUUCAGCAAUGCCCAACUUAGGUAUUAAGUAAAUAAAAAAAUGUUUUAAAAAUCCUUUGACUUCGUGUAUCAUCCGUGUAUUUGCUAUUUUCAAUAUAAAUUUAGUGAUAUAUUUUAUUUCAAUCUAAUUUGAAACAUUUUUAAAGCUUAUGUUUAUUUUCCAUCACUUUAUCUUCUUUAGGGCUCGAGCUUAUUUGUACCUAAGGGGCAGGGUUGAUGGCCAUUUGUAGAAUUUUACUUACUGUCUAAUUAACCAUUAUAUGUGGCAUUUAUUAUGUGAAGAUAAUUGUAUUCGUUAUUGAAGGUAAAUAAAUAAAUA